UCUGGCGGAGCAGGAAGUGCAGACAGAGUCCGGAGGCUGGUGCUUCCCGCGCGUCCCCAGGACUUUGCCAUGGGCUGGGGGCCGCGCGGGCUGCGAGCGGCCGACCGAGGGCAGCGGCGACGCCGCCCGCAUCGGGACUGAGCGAGCGGUGACGCGCGGCGCAGAGAUGGCAGCGUCCAGCAACUCCAGUUUGUCCGGCUCUUCCGUGUCCUCCGAUGCUGAGGAAUACCAACCUCCAAUAUGGAAAUCAUACUUGUAUCAGCUGCAACAAGAGGCGCCUCGUCCCAAGAGAAUCAUUUGUCCCCGGGAGGUGGAAAACAGACCAAAAUAUUAUGGAAGAGAGUUUCAUGGGAUCAUCUCCCGGGAGCAGGCUGAUGAGCUUCUGGGAGGAGUGGAGGGUGCCUACAUCCUUCGAGAAAGCCAGCGGCAGCCAGGAUGCUACACGCUAGCACUACGGUUUGGGAACCAGACCUUAAACUACCGGCUCUUUCAUGAUGGAAAGCACUUCGUGGGUGAGAAGAGGUUCGAAUCCAUCCAUGACCUGGUGACCGACGGUUUGAUCACUCUCUAUAUAGAGACCAAGGCUGCUGAGUACAUUGCAAAAAUGACCACAAAUCCCAUCUAUGAACACAUCGGCUAUGCCACUCUCCUCAGAGAAAAAGUGUCCAGAAGGCUGAGCAGGUCUAAAAACGAAUCAAGGAAAACGAGCGUCACCAAUGAGGAGCAUGCGCCGGUGGAGAAGAUCUCCUCACUGGUCCGAAGAGCUGCCCUCACACACAACGACAACCACUUCAACUACGAGAAGACACACAACUUCAAGGUGCACACGUUCCGAGGCCCACACUGGUGUGAAUACUGUGCCAAUUUCAUGUGGGGACUCAUCGCCCAAGGAGUCCGAUGUUCAGAUUGUGGGUUAAAUGUACACAAACAGUGCUCCAAGCAUGUCCCCAAUGACUGCCAGCCUGAUCUCAAGAGGAUCAAGAAAGUGUACUGUUGUGACCUCACCACACUUGUCAAAGCUCACAACACUCAGAGACCCAUGGUGGUAGACAUAUGUAUUCGGGAAAUUGAAGCAAGAGGAUUAAAGUCAGAAGGGCUCUAUAGAGUCUCUGGGUUCACAGAACACAUAGAAGAUGUCAAGAUGGCAUUUGACAGAGAUGGUGAUAAGGCAGAUAUCUCUGCUAACAUCUACCCAGACAUAAACAUCAUUACCGGAGCCCUGAAACUGUACUUCAGAGACUUACCCAUCCCCGUCAUCACAUACGACACCUAUUCCAAAUUUAUAGAGGCAGCGAAAAUCUCCAAUGCGGAUGAGAGGCUGGAAGCUGUCCAUGAGGUCCUGAUGCUGCUGCCACCUGCCCACUAUGAGACCCUGCGCUACCUGAUGAUCCACCUCAAAAAGGUUACCAUGAAUGAGAAGGACAAUUUAAUGAAUGCAGAAAACCUGGGGAUCGUGUUUGGGCCCACCCUGAUGAGACCCCCCGAGGACAGCACCCUCACCACCCUCCAUGACAUGCGGUACCAGAAGCUGAUCGUGCAGAUUUUAAUAGAAAACGAAGACGUUUUGUUCUAACCCGUCAGGGAAAUGGGCUGAUAGGGCUUAUGGAAUAAAAUCGUUUCUUACACUUGAUUUGUUUUCCAAACAAGUGGCAGAAUUUCCUGGACCACAGUGGAUUGCAGAGUUGGGGACUGUGUCUCCCUCCUCCUCCACAUGAGAGCAAGGGUGAGGGGUAGGAAACCCCUUACCUUGGGUCUUUUGCCGUGCCUCCUACGUAUGUCUGUUUUGCUGAAAGAGUGAUUACUAAAUCUUUCUUUAACUUAUUAAAAAAAAAAAAAA